UCGUUUCCUGUGUGGUUAAAAACCUAAAUUCAAACACGACACUUCUUUAUCAAGAUCAGGGUGGUGUGCUACACGGGUCAGACCACAGCAGAGCAGUCUUUCGUUUGGCAUUCUUCACUCGACAACAUGUCAUCUGCCGAGGAGGGGAACAUGGCCUACGCAGUGAUUUUUGGGUGCAUCGUGGUGCUGGGUUUGCCGCUCAACGCUGCGUCCCUGUGGAUCCUGAUACAACGCCACCGGCUCAAGUCUCCCAGCGCUGUCAUCAUGAUCAACCUGGCCUUGGCCGACCUGCUGCUGGUGCUGUCCCUGCCAAUGAGAGUCUACUACUAUGCAACAGGCACCUGGUCCCUCGGGGUUUUCGCCUGCAUCUGUAUCUCCUCGCUGUUCAAUAACAACAUCCGUGCCAGCGCCAUCUUCAUCACCUUCAUCGGUGUGGACCGACUGCUGGCUGUGGUGUUCCCUCUGAGUUCCAGGCACCUGCGCAACACCACCAACAGCUGGAGGGCAUGUGGCUUGAUUUGGAUCUCUCUAGUGGCUGUAAGCAUCCCAGAGAGCGUCGCGACAUCAUCGUUGAUGCAGCGCUGCAAUCUAACGAUCUGCUUUCACCCCGAACGCUCCCCCUGUUUUAAGGUGCAGAUUGCUCCAUCACUGAAUUACGUGCAUUCUUGUUUCGUGUUCACUUUACUGGCAGUCAAUUGUAUCUCCACUUCAAUGGUGUCCUGGAAAUUGCGCAGUCAUCUCAGUGACUCUGUUCAGGUGGUCAACAAGAUGAAUGUAAUGCUCAUCUUUGCCAUGAACUUGUUGAUGUUUUUCAUAUUUUUCUUACCUGUUUCAUUGGUACUGAGCGUUGAAGAGUGGAGGGUUGCUGUUGAGCCAGCACUGUGUCUUGCGAGCAUGAACUGCUGUUUUGAUCCUCUGUUGUAUUACUUUUCUUUGGAUUCCUUCUGGAAGAAGAAAGAGGAUGACAAGGCAAGGCCUAACGGAAUCUACAGCCGGUCAUGAUUCAGGUGAAAUAGAGCUACACUGAGCCAGUUGAACGAAUAUAUAAUGUAUGUCACCUUAUAUAUCUAUUUAUAUAAAGCCAUUGAAGAAAAUGUUGUUUUGCUGCCAUAGUUUAAUAUAUUAUUUGUAUGAGUCAAUAAAACAUUAAAUUCAGUACAUAACUGAAACUACUAAAGCAUAGGGGAGUUGUAAUGCCAUUUUGUAGUAUAUUUUAUCAAUGUAAAACAAAAUCAAGACUCAAGUCGAGAAAAGGCUAACUAUUCUGUGCUUCAUCUUUUAAGGCCUCUAAAUUUAAUGUAAUAAGAUGAGCCCUUUCCUUUCUUUAAUAAUCACAUAUUAAUUUUGUAUGAGUAUUACAAUCUCCAGAUAUAAACAGAGCCAGAUGGACUCAAGCUUUUGAGUUAAGCUAUGGCUGACCUCACAGAUCGAUUCCCCAUCAGUGACUGUGCAUGGGUUGUUAGUAGCCUCAUUUGGACUUCAUAUAUGCAAUCAGUGCCAUCAGCCCUCCAACCACCCAGUGUGGGAUUAACAGGUGUGAUGGAAGUGGAUGAUAAGUCUGAUGACAUGGCACACAGAGGUGUUGUGUUUUUGGUACUAUUAGUAAAUGUAUGUACACAAAUGAACAGUCAUUGUAAUGGGUAUGUUUUUAACCCUUUUCUCCCUCUUGAUUAUGCAAUUCAUAAUACUGUAAACUUGUAAUUUCUGAAAUUCUUCUGACUUUAUGUAAGUGAACUAUUGUCUAUGCAUGUGUGUAUCUGUAGUGUUGUUGUGUAUGAUGUUGUGUGUUUUUGGUUGUGAAGGACCCCAGGAAGAAUAGCCAUGCAGUUGAGGCAAUUGCUAAUGGGGAUCCAUAAUAAAGUAAAGUAAAAGGUAGACUAGAUGGAAACCGGGGGUGCUGAAAUAUUCAUUCAAAAUAUUAUAAUGUAUUAUUCUACAUUUGUUUGUGUUUAAAUAAAUGGGUGUAUAGAUUUCCACAACUAAUUCAGUUUGUUUUUUUAUUUACUUUAAUCCCAGAGAAAGGUGAACAAAAUAUACAGAUCAAAAGUUUAGUGGUUAAAACAUUUAUAUGUUCCCUUUCGGUGUUGUAAUGACUUAAGUCCAGUCUCUGACUCUGGACCAAGGCUUCAAACCUUGUUCUACAAAGAAUUCUAACAGUGCCACUUUUUUCUCCCUUUCCUCUAAUUCAUAAACUCAUGCAAUACUAAAUAAAGACAGCAAGUGGGAUAGACAACUUUAUCGAUUCAAAGUGCAAAAUAAAGCUCCUAAAAAUGUUUUAAGGAUGGUAAUGAAGCUGAGGUGAGCUUAUUGCGAUAUAAUGCAACAAUAAACAAAACAGGGUUACUUUUGUGAGACUUUUUUUUGGUUAAACUGUUAGAACAGUUCAUGAUCGAUGUUAUCUACGUCUGUCUUACAAAAAAACAACACAAUAUCAUCACAUCAGUUACAGCGAGAAGCUUAAGUGAUACGGAAAGCAUGCAAGGGUUAACCGGAAAU